AUGUAUAGGAUGUGUCGAGUAGACCCACAACAGAAACCAUUACAAAGAAUUUUGUGGCGUGAAACACCUGAUGAGCCACUCGAAAUUUAUGAAUUAGACACAGUAACCUAUGGCACAUCUGCAGCGCCAUAUUUAGCCAUUAGAUGUUUAUAUCAGUUAGGGGUGGAAAUAGAAAAAACUAAUCCCACAAUAGCAAAUGUAAUACAAAACCACUUUUAUGUUGACGAUUUGUUGAGUGGUGCUGAUACAAUUGAAGAGGCUAUUAACAUAGUAACAGAGAUAUCAAAGGUCCUUAAUACAGCAGGUUUUCGUCUUCGUAAAUGGAUAUCUAAUAAUAAUACAAUACUUCAAUCACUGAAAGAAAGAAAUGAAGCAGAUACACUUGAUCUAGGUGUAAACGAACUAACCAAAACAUUAGGCGUGACGUGGAAUGGAAAGGAAGACUGUUUUCUUUAUAAGAUUGGAAAUAGUUUUAAUAAACAUAUUACAAAACGAACUGUCUUGUCAGAAAUAGCUCAGAUUUUUGAUCCAAUGGGUUUACUAAGUCCAUGUAUAAUUGUGGCUAAAAUUAUCCUAAGAGAUAUUUGGAUAGAAAAACUUGACUGGGAUGAAUCUUUGUCACAACCCUUACAUACGAGAUGGCUAAACUUUAGAAACGAAUUAAGUAAUCUGAAUAAUAUCAAAAUUCCUAGACAGAUAACGUGUAAACACGCAAUCAACAUUGAAAUUCAUGGAUUCAGUGAUGCAUCGUCUUACGCAUACGGAGCCUGCGUGUACUUAAGAUCGCAAAAUGAAGAAGGAAAAAUACAAACAAGAUUGAUUUGUGCUAAAUCAAAAAUAGCUCCAUUGAAGGUUCAGACGAUUCCACGUUUGGAAUUAAUUGGUGCUUUACUGCUAUCACGCCUAAUAAAAAAAAUAUUAGAAGCAACCAAACUAGUACCAAGUAGAAUAGUAUAUUGGUGUGAUUCUACAAUAGUUUUGGGUUGGCUUAAUAUGAGUCCAAAUCAACUACAAGUGUUUGUAGCUAACCGAGUAUCAGAACUUCAGACAAUCACAAACGUAAGCGACUGGCGACAUGUUCCAUCCAGUCAUAAUCCAGCCGAUUUGGUGUCACGUGGUGUAAGACCCAAAGAAUUACCAUUUUCUAAUCUUUACUGGUUUGGUCCAGACUGGUUGAAAUCAACUGAGGACAUAUGGCCGCAUACUCUUGAAAUCAAUGUAGAGUUACCAGAAUUACGUAAGGUUACAUUGAUGGAAACGGUAUUUAUCAGUGAACCAAUAAUCGACUUUAAUAAUUAUUCUAAUCUAUCGCAUUUGGAACGUGUUUUAGCAUACUGUUUACGAUUUAUUACAAAUUGUAAAGCUAAAACAGGAGAAAGAAGCAAGGGAGCCUUAAAGCACACAGAAAUUGCAAAUGCUCAUUUAUAUCUAGUAAGAUUUGCUCAGCAUGAAUCAUUUGCGGAAGAAAUAUUUCAGCUUCAACAAGGUGAAAUUAAAAGAGGAAGAUUAUCCCAUAUUCAGCCAUUCUUUGACAAGGACAAGAUAAUGCGAGUGGGUGGUAGAUUAGGUAAUGCAGAUCUGGACUUCAACCGAAAAUUCCCAAUUAUCUUAAGCUCGAAACAUAUAUUUUCUAAAUUACUAUUUGAUAGGGAACACCGGCGUUUAUUACACUGCGGACCUCAACACCUUUUAGCAUCAAUUUGUCAAUCAUAUUGGCCCCUAGGAGGACGUAAUUUAGCAAGAAAAAUAUAUCGAGAAUGCGUUAAAUGUUUUAGAACACACCCGAAAUCAAGUGUUCCUCUAAUGGGAAAUUUACCAAAAAAUAGAAUUACACCUGCCCCAGCAUUCUAUAGAACAGGAGUAGAUUAUGCGGGGCCAUUUUCAGUAAAGGACAGGCAAGGACGUGGCUGCAAGAUUACAAAGGCUUACAUAGCUUUAUUUGUUUGUUUUGUGACUAAGGCCAUACAUAUCGAACUUUUUCUGAUCUAA